ACAACAACGAAAAGUUGACGGCUGCUCUGUUUCUGUCCGCGAUCCUCUGGCAGAGACGAGAGGCCGAAGUCUCAAUAAAUGAGUGAUUAACUUUUAUUUAACCGAGACCUCUCGAUAUCUGGCAGAGGGACGUGUUGUUUUGCACCACGCGGAACCAUUUCUGUUGGGGACGGAAAUUAAAUCCGUACCCAAACGCUUGUCAGUGGCUGUGAGCGCAACAACUGAGCUCUGAGAAAAUGUUUAAAAACACUUUCCAGAGCGGAUUUUUGUCUAUCUUAUACAGCAUCGGCAGCAAGCCCCUUCAAAUAUGGGAUAAAAAGGUAAGGAAUGGUCACAUCAAGAGAGUCCCUGACAACGACAUACACUCAAAUGUGUUGGAGGUCGAGGGAGCUAACGUCAGUACCACCUAUAUAACAUGUCCCGCAGACCCCAAGAAGACACUUGGUAUCAAACUUCCUUUUUUGAUCAUGAUCAUUAAGAACCUCAAGAAGUAUUUCACUUUUGAAGUUCAGGUGUUAGAUGAUAAAAACGUUCGCCGGCGGUUUCGGGCAAGUAACUAUCAGAGUACAACGCGAGUGAAGCCGUUCAUCUGCACCAUGCCUAUGAGACUCGAUGACGGCUGGAACCAGAUUCAGUUCAACCUGUCAGACUUCACCAGGAGGGCCUAUGGAACCAAUUAUACUGAGACGCUUCGUGUACAGAUUCAUGCAAACUGUCGUAUAAGGAGGGUGUAUUUCUCAGACAGACUGUACUCUGAGGAUGAGCUCCCAGCAGAGUUUAAACUCUACUUGCCUGUUCAGAACCAGAAGCCCAAGCAGUAGAACCACUCCACCUACAACCUCCCCCCAGAUGUGAUGUUGAAUGUAGCUUGAAGAUUUGUUUCUUUGUAGACACACUUUAAAAUUGUAUUUUUGUCUCAGUGAUGAGCUUGGCAUACCGUCUUGAAUUGCUCUCUGCACAAUAAAGUUUUUUUUUUUACUGA